CUACGAUUAACUUUGUUCACUAAUAUUAUUAUUAUUAUUAUUAUUAUCAUUAUUAUUAUUAUUAAACAACACGUAGAUUUUAAAUUAUGUUUGAAGCUGUAUCAUCAUAUUUUACGUAGUUUUGAUUUAUUUUUAUAAAACAAAAACCGUAUUAUGAAAAUCUAUUGAAAAUAGCUGAUUUUCAAAUGAAUUAUGUUACCAGCAGUUACUUCAAUAUAUCAUGAAAAACAAGUAAUUAUAACUAAAUAGGUAUUUUAAGGAAUUUAAGUAAUUAUAUUACUUUGCAUUUGUAUUGUUUAUUUUAGUCAAAAGAGCUAUGUGCAUUACACGCACUCAACAAUUUGUUUCAAUCAAAAGAAGCCUUCAAGCAAAUGGAACUUGAUGCUAUUUGUUAUUCAUUAUCUCCCAAUAAUUACAUAAACCCACAUCGGUCAAUUUUAGGUCUUGGUAACUACGAUGUCAAUGUGUUGAUUGCUGCAUUACAAAAUAAAGGCUAUAAUGCUUUUUGGUUUGAUAAGAGAAAGUUAGUAUUGACAAUAAAUAUGUUAUAUUAAUAAUUUAUUAUAGUCUAUUUAUAUGUAGAACUAUUUUUGUCCAUUUCAUACAUUUUCCAAUGUAAAACACUGUUUCCUAUUUAGAGUAAUAUAGUUUGUAAUAACCUUAAUUGCAUAAUAUGUCAGUUUUUUUGUUUAUAAAAAAGAAAAAUUGUUAUUUUGUUUAACACAUUUUUAGAAUGUGUACACAAAUAUAUUUAUAUAAUACCUUUUAACCGUAAUUUUAUUCAUAUAAAUUUGCAACUUGGAAAAAACAUUAAAACUUUAAUCGUAUGCAUCAGUUAGUGGUCAGCUAAGUCACUAUUCACAUUAACCAAUAACGUAUGGCUUCAUGAUGACCAUUGUUAAAAAAAUAGAAUAAUUCUACUUAACAAUAAAUGUAUGUUUUACAUAAUAUUUAGUUAUGUUAGUAAACUAUUAAGUAGGUAUAUACCUAUACCCAUAUAUCUAUCAACAUCAUAUAAUAUUAAUGGAUUAUUGACUAUGAUAAUAAUUGUAAUACAAUAUUUUAAAUUUAGGGAAAAAAUUAAAACACAAUCUAAAAAGUACUUUGUUAUUAUAGUAAUCUAAAAUAUUUUUGAAACAUACUGUAAACCUGUGUACUCAAAAGUGAAUCAGAAAAAAUUAAUUUUAAAAAAUCAGGAAAAAUUUAUGAUGAAAAAAAAGACAAUAAUAAUAUAGAAAAGCAAAACUGUUUAUAACUAUUGUUCUGCUCCAAACCUUAUAUAUUAUACAGGUAUAUAAUAAUAUUAAUAUGAAUUUAUAUUUUAUAUGCUUUUAAUAUUUUAGAAAACCAAUAAAGUAUAUAGUAGGUACUAGAUUUCAUAAUUUGUAUAGCUUAUUCUUCUUCUUCUCCUUCAUAUUCAUCUCAAUUAUUUAAGGUCAACCACCCUCUUUCUAAACUUCUAAUUGACUAGAUCUCCCACCUUGCAUACACUGGCCAUCCUCAUGUAACUCAAUUGUAUUCAACCAUCUCUUUUGGUUUUCCUCUUCACUUCCUAAGUUUAUUUUCAUUACAGUUCUUACUGCUUCAAAUACCUCUUAGUAACAUACACAAACCAUCUAAUUCUCAUUUUCUCUAAUUCUAUCUCCUAUUAUUGACUAUCUAAGCUACCUUUUAUGUAUUCAUCUCUUAUCCUAUCUCUUCUCAUUAUUACACUCAUCCAUCUAAGUAGGUAUUUUAAUCUCUGCUGCACUCAUUCUCUGUUCUAUUUUUCUGUCUACUAUCCAAUAUUCUAUAUCAUACAACAUAGUUGGUUCCAUUUCACUUAUGUAGAAUUUAUAUUUAAGUCUCAUCUGAAUUUUUUUGUCAUUUAAAACACAGAUGCUUCUCUCUACUUUAUCCAACUACAUUUAAUCCUAUGUUUUACUUUCUUGGCAAAGUUACUGUUCCUAUGUAUAAAAGUCCUAAGUAGAUACUUUCAACUUUGCCUAUUCUUAUUAUGUCACUGGGAAUGGUUAUUAGCUGUCCUCCAAUCUCAUAACUCUGUAUUCUCUGUUUUACUUAUUCUUAUUCUUUCUUUCAAGUGCUACUCAAUUCCUCAAAUCUAUUGUUAACUUGCCAUAGAUUUUCUCCUAUUUAAAUCUAUAUUAUCUGUAAACAUGUACCACAGUAAUUAUUCUUACCUGUUGUCACCCUGCGUAUAUCCGAGAUAGGACAAUCCGCGAAAGUUUUGUUUAGAAUUCCCCAUACUGUUUGACUGUUUUAUACCGGCUGUUGACCCGACAGGGUAUUUAGGGUGGAGGUAUUUUUACCCUACAGAAACAAUACCAUGUAUCUACUGGAUUCACCCACCUGGGCUUUUCACUAAUAGGAGCUCAGGCCCCAGGUUCACUAGGCUCAUAGCACCAUGUGCCUCUUGAGGUGAUUUGUAUACAUUUUAUUAAAUAUUAUAUUGGUACUUUUCUAAAUCUAAGUUAGAAAUGCACUUCAUUGUAUGCAGUGUAUUGUAUCUCAUAUUUUGUUUCAAUUUGAAUUAAAAUUUUUGUUUUACACUAUAGAAAUUAUUUUAGCAAACAAAAAUGAAUAUUUUUUUAGAUUUUUCUUUUGUUAGAACACUUAUACUUUUUUGUAUUAAUUUUUCAUUUACAGAUUUAAACAUAUUAACAUUAAACCAUGAAAAAUAUGAAAAUUAUUAUUUUCUUUUUUUUCUGUUACCCAUAAAAGUAUAUUAUUUUUAUAAAGAAUCGGUUUCAAAAUAGUGUUUAAAAUAUUUGUACAGAUAAAAAAUUAAAAGAAGUAUUUAAAAUUAUAUUUAAGUAUUAUUUAAAUCCUGUUUACAGAAAUUAAGUACUUAUUCAUGAUACACUUUGACCUUCUGUUACUUACCUACAUCCACAACCCAAAAGUACCUAUAUUAAAAUUUAAAUAUAUUAUCCAUAUUAAAUAGUGAAUAAUGUUCAUUUUAUUUAAAUUUUUGAAAUGUAUUACAAUAUUAAAUGUAUUAAUAAUAGGGAUCCGAAAAUGUUGAAGUUGGAUCAAAUAUAUGGUUUUGUAAUGAACAUACUAAGUGAAUGUCGUUUAGGGUUUUUAUGGUUGCCACUGAAACGAAGACAUUGGAUAUCUAUCAAAAAUAUAAAUGGAGUCUAUUACAAUCUAGAUUCAAAAUUACCUAAUCCUUCUCGGAUUGGAAACGUAUGUUACUUGUUUUGACUGUGUAUUAUAAUUCCUUAUUGUUUCAAUAUAAGUAUAAUAUUUUUAUUACAGGAAGAUGACUUGUACAAUUAUUUUAGAAAUCAACUUCAUAUAAAUGACAAUCAGCUAUUUGUUGUUGUAACUGGUGAACAUAAUAAUUGGAUUGCGUCAGAAGACAUUCCAGAUGAUCCAUUAUGUAUACAGAAAUGUGAUAGAAGAUAAUUAUUGUUUAAUUAUUAUUAAAUUAAUAAGAAUUCCUAUUUUUUUUUUUUUUUUUUGUUGGUUUUAUUGACUUUUUAAAAUGCAAAACGUGUGAUACAUUACCAAAAUUUAUGAGCUAUACUAUUCACCGAUAUUGAAUUAGACAUGCUAAAAUUGUGAAAAUAGCAUAGUAAAAUGUGAAUUGUAAUUUUUAUAACUGUUACCAGUAUUUUCCGAAAUUAUUAUUUGUUAUUUUAAUUUAUCAUUGCACUUACACAUUCAAAUAAAAAUACUAUUUUAAUAACAAUAUCAUAAUAUAUUUUGUUUUAAAAAUCUUAAACAUUAUUGAUCUUUCUUAAACAGUAAAAUAAUAUAUUAAAAAAAGAAAACAAAUUGUAGAAAAAAAAAUCAUAAGUCUUGUUAAAAAAUUGAAUUAAAACAUUUUAAACAUCAAUCAAUAUAUUUUUUAGAUUUUUUUCAAUAGGUACAAAUUAAAAUUUAGCAGAAAUAAAGUUAUACUAAAUAAAUUCAUAUCUAUAUAAAAUUGUACAUAGGCCAAAAUUUCAUUGUCUGUUUACAUUUAAUUAUAAAUUCUAAGUAACUAAUUAAUAUUACAUAUGAAAAUAGUAUGUAAUCUAAUAAAACAAAAAAAAAAGUUGUAUAUAUAUAUAUAUAUCAAUAAUUUUGUACAAAAAUAUAAAUAUAAAUUAAAAAAUGUUUGCUUAAAAAUAAGCAGUAAUAUUAUAUAUAGUUUGGAAACAAAUGCAUAUUUAAAUGAUUUAUUUAAUAUGUAAACAAUAAUAAAGAUUAUAUAUUUCAUUAACGAUAUCUUUAUUUAAGAAUAAAUGUGGGUACAAAUUGAGAAUAAAAAAAUGUAGAUAUAAUAUUUUUAUCUUACAAUGAUAAUGGCAUAAUUAAUUGGUUUUUAUUUUAUUUUUUGGAUAUCUAGCAUAUCUUAAAUUAAAUAGUUAGUUACUAACUCCUAAAUUUGAUUUAAGAUGUAGGAUAAGAAAAUAGUAUGAUGAAUCUUGGUCGAGGAAGAUUACUGUAAAUUUAUGAGAUGCAUUGAAAGAUGUCUUUCAAAAAUACAUUACCAAAAGAAAAAACAUAGUUUUGUUCACAACAAACAUAAUUAUAUGAACAUUUAACAAUUAUCUGUAUAAAAAUUUAAAAGUUACUGAAGCAUUAAAGAUUCUAAAUUUCUAUGUAAAAGUGUGUCUUUUACAGCAUUAAAUACAACUUUAAUGUUUUCUGUGUCCACGGCAGUAGUAAAAUGAUGAAACAAAGAUUUUCUGGGAUCCCGUUUUGCUUGACGAAAGAAAUCCAAUAAAAAUGCUUGUACAUCAGGUAAACUAUGAGGAUCACCUGUAACAUGU